AUGCACAUCUUCUUCGCCCUCCCCCACCCUCUCCUAACCCUCCUCUUCCUGACCCUGCCCUCUUCCCACGCCGCCGCCUCGCCCCAACCCGCCCUCGUCUCAGAAGAAUACGUCCACCUCAUUCCGCGCAACACGCUCUUCUUCCGCCAACUCGCGAACCUCAACUCCUUCGGCGGCAACCUGGGCAGCGUGGCGCCGCUGCCCAUCACGAACUCGGGGGACGCCGAGAGGCCGUUCGCCGUCGACGGCGACACCUUCCCGGACUUCAAGACCGCGGCGCAGCGGAGCUGCGACAAGCAGGCCAACGAGUGCAGUCAGGCGGCGAACGAGGGCGACAACAAGCAGUUUGCAGUCUCCGACUGUGAUAAGCAGAAAGAGGAGUGCAGAAACACACUCGAGAAUGCGACGGUGCAGGACUUCACCCAGGGCGUCGCGAGCGAGAACAUCGGAAAGGAUCCCGAGUUUGAAGAUUUCGACUUGAUAUGCGAGGUCUGA